AUUUAACCGAAAUGACUGAGAGCAGAGCUUUGUCCUCUUAUGAUGGAACCUAUAACAGUUUAAAAGAUGUAUAACGAGUUGGAUCAUAUGAAUGUGGAAAUAUAUUAACAAACUUUAACAAUUAGAAAUACCCAAAUUCAAAACCCAAUCAUUAGAUGAUGGACACAAAAACAUACCUUGAAUAGCUAGAAUAAAAAUAUUGCAAGAAAACAAAUGGGUAUGAUGAUAGUGAUUCUGAUGAUUUUUCAAAUGAUUGUUCACCUCAUAAAGCAGCUUCAUAGGUUCCGACAAAAUUUUAGAAAAGCAAAGUAUCAGCAAAUAUUCAGAAUUAACCUGAAUUCAGGAUUCCAGUUGAUAUAAAUUUAUCAAGAGGUCCAAGUGAAAUUGGGCAAGAUUAUAGGAUAAUAUAAGAUAUGAAUGAAAAAUAUGGAAGCAUCGCAUAAUCAAGGAUUACAAUAGUUGACUAGGACGCAAAAAGAAGAUUUUUCGAAUUGGCUUUAGAAAUGAAAAAGGACUUGCCAUAACAUCAUCCAGGGUAAUCUCUGUUGGUAGCCUAGUUAUAUACGGAAAGUGUUCAAAAAUAAAUAUCUGAAAAAUAUUGGAGAUAAUGGUUAUAAGCAAGGAUGAAGAAUUGA